CCACUCACUCCUUUCCACUCUCACUCUCACUCUCUCUAGUACUUCUCAGUGUUCAUCUUCAUUGCUAUGGCGGAAGAAGCUUCAUCGCUUCACCUCAUUCACCAACAACUUCUCUUCGACUUUGAAUCAUUCGAAAGCUUCGUCUCUCAUGUAAAUUGUCCAUCCCAAACUUCAACCUCUGAUUCGAGUGUUUCCACCUCUGAUAUUAUUCCGCUCUCUAAUUACUUGAAUCUCCAUGAAGAUGAAAACAACCCUUUUCUCCUCCACAGUUCUACUUCUGCUCCGUCUGGGUUUUUCCAGUUUGAAACCAAAUGCCACAAAACUUCCACAUUAAGUCAUCGGCGACUUCCACUCAGCAUCUUAGUCCCUCAACCCACCGUUUCUCAGUCGCCGGUAGAGUCCGAUUCAGGCGAUAUCAUGCAUUAUAGAGGCGUGCGGAGACGAUCAUGGGGGAAAUUCGCGGCGGAGAUCCGAGACCCGAAUCGGAGGGGAUCGAGGGUAUGGCUGGGGACAUUCGAAACCGCCAUUGAAGCCGCUAGAGCCUAUGAUCGAGCUGCUUUCAAGAUGCGUGGUUCCAAAGCAAUUCUCAAUUUCCCUCUUGAAGCCGAUAAUUGGUCUGGUUCUGACUCACCAGCGAUAUCUGGCCGGAAAAGGGAGAGAGACAGUAAGACUGAAGAGAGACAACAAGUGGAGAUUAAGGUUUUAAAGAAAGAGGAGCACUUGCCGGAAUCUGACUGCAAAGUGGCGGUAGCCUGUAAUGUUUUGGGGGUUAGUCCGUUGACUCCAUCAAAUUGGAGGGCCGUCUGGGAGGAGAGAGACAUGGAGGGCAUAUUCCAUCUCCCACCGUUAACGCCGUUAUCACCCCAUCCUUGGAUAGCAUAUACUCAACUUAUGGUUUGAACCAAAUGGUUUAGCUUACCAAAGACAAUGAAAUGUUACUAGAAUUCUUAUAUAUUCCAUGAACAAUAUUGAAUUUGUUUAAAUCUUUUAUGGAUGAUAAAUCUCACACUCUUCCUUUUAAA